AUGCUUAAUGUUGAUGAUUUAGUGUCUGAGCAAGCAGUUAAUGUGGAAGCUGAGAAAGAGAAGGUUCUUGAUGACGUUGAAGGUGAUGAUGUCAAUAAAAGUACAACAAGCUCUUUGAGUUCUUCAGAUGAUGAAAUAGAUGAGACUGGACGUCUAAGAAGAAUUCAAGAGGCUACAGAAAAAGAGAAACAAUUACGAAAGAGGAAGAGACAGGAGAAAGAUGAUGCUGCCUAUGUUCCAUCUCCAGAGCACGUUUCCGAAUCACAAUCACCUUCAAGCGGCAAAAAGAAAGCAGGUGCAAAGAAAAGGAUUGUAUCUCCAAAAAUCAAGAAAUUUACUACAAAGAUUACAAAGCUGAAGAUUGUGUUGAAGAAGAAACCAGCCAAAGAACCCAGUAAACCAUCAACUCUACCACCUGAACCUACACCAAUACAGUCACCACCACAUCAAACACCUCCACGACAACCAACAUCUCCAAAACAACCUUCACCUCCAAAACAACCAACACCACCAAGACAAGCAUUACCAUUACAUUUUUCACCACUACAUCUCUCACCACCACAACAACAAACCUUGCUCACAUCUCAAGAAAUAUUUCAAACUCCACCACUCACCCAAAUUCAACUAACUCCUGAUUCUUCUGGACACAAGACGUUUCCAGUCAUUCCAGAAAAUCUUGAAGAUAUCGGAGAUUUUGGCUUUGCAAACGAUGAACAAGUAAAGAAAUUAGAAAAGAAGAUGGAUGACGUGUUGAAUGAAAGCAAAGUAGUUGCGGCUGAAAGCAAGAAAGAUGCUGAACGUGAAAAGAUUCUCGAAAUGCGCGUAAAGAAAUUAGAGUCUGAUAACAAAGCCUUGUUAAAGAAGAUUGAUACGAAUCAUUGA